GCACAGCUGAUUUUUCGCUCAUGUCUGUGGAUUGGCUACAUCAAAUUGGACAAAUUACCUCUAACUUUAAUAUUAUGAACUGUAGAUUUAGAAUUCCCAAUAACACAACUUAAUUAUUUUUUUUGACCAACUGGAUUCAUUUUGUGGUGACACGACCCAAAUUCUUACAAAGAUUCUUACAAAUUCGAUGUGGGUGAAUGUCUUCCAUUCCAACAGAUGGCAAUAUUUAGCUAUUCAGGUGACGUUUCUAUCCACGGAAACGCAAAGGAAAUCGACAUCAACAUACAUUUUUAGCGAAUUUUCCGAAUAGAAGUGUUAGAAAUUGAAGGACUACGGCUUAUGAAAACAGUUAAAGAAAGUCGAAAAUGUCUACUACUUUCCAAACACAGAUAACUGCUAUAAUGGAUGUUUUGGCAAAAGCCGCUAUAGCAGAAAUAGGCAAACUCGUAGAAGACGACCAUGUAGUAAUACGACUGGAGAUGUGUCGGAGGGAAAAUGAGAUAGAGACUCUAAAGAAGAGAUUAUUUUUGACAGAGCGAGACCUCAGGAAUGCCCAGCGAACUGCCAUACGUGUGAUUCCUGAACGGGUGUCUGUUGGUGUCCAAGUCGAGAGUCUUGACGAUGAAUACCAUCUUUCGAACUGUAACACAGUUACGCAGAAGACCAUUUCAAAAGAAGAGGAAAAAGCAUCUACAGAAGAUGAAAUCACGCCAUUUUUACAUGACGGGGACGGAGAGAUGUUGCAUAAUCUGCCUCAGCCAACGCACAGCAGAGAGGAAGUAAACGGGUCCGAUUUUACACUGAAGAGAGAGCCAGAGGAAGUUCAAGUCGGCCAGACACCCAUUCUUUCAGAUUGUGUGUAUCGGUCAAAGGGCAUACACGCGCAAUCUGGUGGUGGACUAAUAGACAAACUUGUACAAUCUUGGCCAUCCUUUGAUGAAGUAAACUGUCAGGUGGAAGAUGAGGAUCCAGGCUGCUCUUACAACACUGAACAGAACAGUUCUUCUGAAGGAAACCUGUUCUCUGCAGCUACCAAUGAGGAUAGCUCUAGAGAUUUUCCAGAGGACAUACACCUUGAUCUCUUUAACUCUGUGUCUGUGAAAGAAGAACGUGUGUCCAUGUCUGUUUCUCAACAUUUCCCAAAUGCUAUUGUCCAAACUAAAGAUGGCCAUCCUAAAGACAGAGUGGACAUGACAGUAGUGCAGCCACAGACACACUCAAGAACAGACAACGGUAGCAGUUCUUACCCACUCAACAUGGCCACUCUUCCCACAGCGGCUUCACACGGGACACCCACGUUCAUACCCACAGACUCCCAGACACACCCGACACAUGCAGCCUUAGGCUCACACAUACACACCACCCAGCUCUCCUCUCAUUCACAGGCACCCACACAUUCACACACUCACUCCCCAUACACACACGGCCUCCCACCCAGCCGCCACCUGAUCGUAAGACCCAGGACACCAGGUCUGCUCCACCGGCGAGGCAGCGUGGGCUUAAGUGCCAGCUCCCACCACCGUGUCUUCAUCUGCUCGCUAUGCGGCAAGAGCUACCCCCGCUUCUGUCAGCUGGAGGCGCACCAGCGCAGCCACACCGGAGUCAAGCCGUACCGCUGCACCGAGUGUGGGAAGCGCUUCACACAGAAGACGCGCCUAAAGACACACCAGAGUGUCCACACUGGCGAGAGGCCCUUCAGCUGCAGGCUGUGUGGGAAGAGGUUCAACCGGCAGGACAACUGCCUGCGGCACGAGCGCUUCCACAGGGCCAAGAACCCUUCCUCCAGACUCAGCCUGGGAAGAGGCUUGUCAAGCUGAGACACACUGUUCCUUGACAUAGCAGCGGAUUUUUUAAUUAUUUUUAAGCUCAGGUCAUAUGAGCAAAUGAAACUGACUUUUCUAAAAACUCUACCGCAAACUCAAAAAAUUGUUGCCUGGGUCAGUUGAGUAAGGGGGAGGCACGCACCACGAGGGUUGAGUAAGGGGGAGGCACGCACCCCGAGGGUUGUACUUGGUCCAGCAGCAGACCUCAGCCUUUCUCAGCAGCUAUUCACCUCUUCUGAGGUAGUGAGAGUUUUUGUGAGCAGUAAAUCUUACAAACUAGCAGGCCAACAGUAACCUGACUAAGAACAAGUUUCAGUAUCAUAAUGGGUGCUAGCCACAGGUUUAGAAAUUGUGUGAAGUGAUCUAAAAAUGUAACAAUGAAUGCAAUUGAUAUUGUAAAGCAUAACAUACACAUAGCUAAAGAUUCAGUAAGUGUUUUUUUAUUGUGAAAAAAAUGCUUCUAGACCUACAAUAAUGACAUAUUUUAAGGGUAAUUGUUGACAACUGUUUCUGUCUGGAUGUUGAUCACUUUGGUUGAGGUGCGUUUGUUGACCAUUUAAAAAGCCCAGACAUGUACAACAAAUACAGAACAAAAGGGCUGAGACAAGGUGUGUAUAGUGCAUAGUUAGAAUGAGGAACACUGUUUACUUAUGCCUUCAGCGUUACAUCAUCAAUUUAAGCCCAGAAGCUUGUUCAUUUUUUUGUCAACAAAAGGAUGUAACAUUUUAUUUAAUUUUUAUCAGUAACAGUAAUCAAUAACAAGUCAUUCAAAUAAACAGAACUUCUGGAUGAAACCCUGUGAAGCAGU